UUCCCAUAGUGCACCACUUCUACCAGUGGCUAGUGUUGGAGAAGCGAUUGAAAUUCGCUAUCACGCAUUUCUCACACGGCUGAGGGCAGUUUGUUACUGAACGAAACAAUGGCGGGUGCAACGGAUACUAUGGUCAAUAACAUUCAGAAGAUUGAAACUAUCGAUGAUGAUAAGAGAAGAGAGAGAACUUUUAGACGUCCAAUGAACCGCUUUGAGCCAUACCCUUUUCCUUCAAGAAGAUACAGAGUAUUCAUGACCAACAUUCCAUUUGACGUGAAAUGGCAGUCUUUAAAAGAUUUGGUUAAAGAGAAAGUUGGUGAGGUAACAUACGUGGAGCUCUUAAUGGACGCUGAAGGCAAGUCAAGGGGUUGUGGGGUAAUUGAAUUUAAAACCGAAGCCCUGAUGAAAAAAGCAAUAGAAGCUUUGCACAGAUAUGAGCUUGGUGGAAGACCCCUUAAAGUGAAAGAAGAUCCUGAUGGAGAAAUUGCAAGAAGAGUCGCUCAGAAGAUAGCUGGAGGCCCUCCUAUGGGUAUGGGACCUGGUGGCCCUGGAGGCCCUCCUAUGGGUAUGGGACCUGGUGGCCCUGGUGGUCCUGGAAUGAUGCCUGUCCCUCCACAUAUUCUGAAUAAUCCCAACAUUCCUCCUGAAAUUAUUCAUGCACUACAGGCUGGAAGGCUUGGAAGCACUGUGUUUGUUGCAAAUCUUGAUUACAAGGUUGGAUGGAAAAAGCUAAAGGAAGUGUUUUCCAUGGCUGGUGCGGUUGUUCGAGCUGAUGUGCUGGAAGAUAAAGAUGGAAAGAGUCGUGGACUUGGCACAGUCACUUUUGAGCAGCCAAUCGAAGCUGUGCAAGCCCUCUCUAUGUUUAGUGGGCAGCUGCUGUUUGACCGCCCUAUGCUCGUGAAGAUAGAUGACAGAGCAUUUCCUAAAGGUGAAUUUUUCCCUCCAGACCAACGGCCACCACUUCCCCAUGGCCUUGGAGGGAUUGGUCUGGGUUUAGGACCUGGAGGCCAGCCACUUGGUAUGAACAGAGGCAUGGGAAUGGGAAACAUGGGCCCAGGACCUGGUGGUAUGGAUAGUCCAUACGGUGGUAUGGACAACAUGGGCCGGUAUGGCUCUGGAAUGAACAUGGGUGGCAUGAGCGGUGGCGGAAUGAACAUGAGUGGCAACAUGGGACCUGACCGCAUGGGUUCUGGCAUGGAUAGAGUAGGACCGGGCAUGGGUUCAGGAAUGGACAGAGUAGGCCCUACAAUGGGUCCAGGAAUGGACAGGGUAGGCCCUAAUAACAUGGAUAGGGUAGGAAAUAACAUGGGUCCAGGCAUGGGUAUGGGAUCUGGGAUGGAUAGAAUGGGAUCUGGUGUCGGACCAGGAAUGAAUAUGAGUUCAGGUGUUGACAGAAUGGGAUCUGGAAUGGGUGAUAGAAUGGGCCCUGGCAUGGGUCCUGGAAUGGGUCCAGGUUCAGGAAUGGGCAAUAACAUGGGAUCAGGUAUGGAUCAGAUGGGCUCCAAUGUAGAUAGAAGCAUGGGUAUGGGUUCCAAUAUGGACAGAAUGGGGCCUGGCAUGGGAUCUGCUGGAAUGGGCCCUGGUAAUAUGGAUAGAAUGGGCUCUGGAAUGCCUCCCAGCAAUGUAGAUAGAAUGGGUUCUAACACAGGAUCAGGCAUGGGCUCUGGCAUGGGUUCUGGCAUGGGACCUGGUAUGGGUCCUGGCAUGGGCUCGGGACCUGGUAUGGGUCCUGGCAUGGGCUCGGGCUCUGGCAUGGGCUCCGGCAUGGGCUCUGGCAUGGGACCCGGAAUGGGCUCAGGCAUGGGCUCAGGCAUGGGACCCGGCAUGGGCUCUGGUAUGGGCUCUGGCAUGGGACCCGGCAUGGGUUCAGGCAUGGGACCCGGCAUGGGUUCAGGCAUGGGACCCGGCAUGGGCUCUGGAAUGGGUCCAGGCAUGGGCUCUGGAAUGGGUCCAGGCAUGGGGCCCGGUAUGGGACCCGGCAUGGGUCCAGGCAUGGGACCCGGCAUGGGUCCAGGCAUGGGACCCGGCAUGGGUCCAGGCAUGGGACCCGGCAUGGGUCCAGGCAUGGGACCCGGCAUGGGUCCAGGAAUGGGACCCGGCAUGGGACCCGGCAUGGGUCCAGGCAUGGGACCCGGCAUGGGUCCCGGCAUGGGUCCAGGCAUGGGACCAGGGAUGGGACCAGGGAUGGGUCCAGGGAUGGGUCCAGGGAUGGGUCCAGGGAUGGGUCCAGGGAUGGGACCAGGGAUGGGAGGUGGUUUUGAUAGACCUGGUGACUCUUCAUUUGGAAGCGGCUUUGGAGGCUCUUCUGCCGGAGGACCAAAAAAAGGAUGCCAAAUCUUUGUCAGAAAUCUUUCAUUCGACUUUACCUGGAAAAUGUUGAAAGAGAAAUUUAGUGAAUGUGGUCCUGUGGUGUUUGCAGACAUUAAAAUGGAAAAUGGAAAAUCCAAAGGAUGUGGUGUAGUUCGCUUUGAGACUCCUGAAAUUGCAGAAAGAGCUUGCAGAAUGAUGAAUGGAUCCAAACUUGGUGGAAGGGAGAUAGAUGUCCGAAUUGAUAGGAAUGCAUAAACAAAUCUUUUUUUUUUUUGUUGUUGUUUUUGUUUGUUAUUUCUGGGCCUUCUCCCCCUAGAAGUUUAUUUCCCAAGUUUUAAAUUUUCUGCUAGCAGUGCAUUGUCACAUUUUUAAUAUUUUGUUUUGAGUUUAAUACAAACUUUUUUUAACUGUAAAGAAUGGAGUAGAUUUUUUAUAAAUAUGUACACAUUUUCAUCACCAGAAAAAUGCUGAUGUGAUUGAUUUCAUCUUAAUAUUUGUUAUGAGUUUUUGUAUACAGAGUAUGACAGUUGUCAACAAAUUUGCACCUAUUUAGUUUUGUCUGGUGGUGAUUGUCUUUGUCUUGCUUGUCCUUGUAGGACAUAUUCAUGAGCAUGUCUUGUACUUUUUUCCCUUUGGAGCAUAAAUUAUAUAAAAAAAUUUGUUACCCUUGUUAAAAUGUAUUUUGCUUUGUAAGUAAUUUCAGAUCUAUGGUAAGAGUAGCUGUAAAAUGUUUUAAAUUUAGGAAGAAGCGGUGAUUGACAAACUUUUUUGUAGUAACCUGCACAUGUCAUCUGCUUUGGUUUAAACUGACUCUCAACUGGUCUUUUCAAAAUAAAGAUGAAUCUCCUUUCA